AUGAACGUGGACAACUCGAACCUGCCAGUUUCUAGACACCAAUUCUCGUAUGGCCUGGAUUGGGGACCCGUGAGUUCCAUGCUGGUCGCCGGAACCAAUAAAGUUGAACAAAAAUUAGUUGUACUCAUAUUCAAUGACUCCCUAAAUUCCCCCAACAAUACAUUCAUCAAGAACCAUAUCGUACACAACUAUGGUAGGUUUCCUUUCACAGCUUCACAAUGGGAGGAGCUUGAGCAGCAAGCACUGGUGUUCAAGUACAUGGUCUCUGGAGCCCUUGUGCCACCAGAUCUCAUCUUCACCCUCCAGAGGAGCUUGCAAUCUUCUCUUUCCUCCAAAAUUCUCCUGCACCAACCACAGAUUGGGUGGAGUAACGGGUACGGGUCGAGGAAAAUUGACCCGGAGCCGGGUCGUUGCCGGAGAACAGAUGGGAAAAAAUGGCGGUGCUCGAAAGACACCUACGCAGACUCCAAGUACUGCGAACGCCACAUGCAUAGAGGCAGAAACCGUUCAAGAAAGCCUGUGGAAAUUCAGUCUCCAUCUUCGCCACCGGAAAAGAUGCCCGGAGUUUUCCCCGUGAGCAGAAACGCACUUUCUUCAGUGCCUUCACAAAGAGGCUUUGUCUACAGUCCACAUUUGUCGUCUCAAGAGAGCAGCCACUCCAAAUUGUUCUUCGAGUCCACUGAUUUCACUCUUUCACCAAACAAAGCUUACAGAAAUAUGAUGGGAGAUGGAAUUAAAGAGGAAACUGAUAACGAGCAUGCAUUCUUCUCAAUGAAAGAUGAUGAGCCCUAUUACUCUUCUUCUGGGAGGCACAAAAGCCAUGAACAACACUAUUACAACAACAGAGAUGUUAACCUUUUGGGGGUUAAUAUUGGGAGGAAAAAUGAUGAGCCCAAGAAAGUUAUGCAUCAUUUUCUUGAAGAGUGUCCACCCAAAGAAGAAGACAAAUCAUCUUCUAAUCGGCCCAUUAAUUCUGAUCUCAGUUUCUCAGUCACCAACAGGAACAACACUCAACUCUCAAUUCCUGCACCAAACUCACUUCAUGACUUCUUCUUGACCCAAAAAUG